AGAGAACUACAAUAUGAAGCCUAAGCUGCUUGUGGAGAGCGACAAGUACCUCAAACAGGUGUUUCAAGGAUUUUUAGAGCACUUCGGACGACAUCCUAAAUGGAUGAUUAACUUCACAAUGGCAGAGCUCACAGUGGAGAAUGGCAGCUGUAUGGACUGGCAAAAGCGAUGCCUUGUGUUGGAGUCCCAGCUCUUCAAAUUCCGCUUGCAGGCAAGCAAGAUCCGAGAGCUGUUAGCUGAGAAGAUGCAGGAAUUGGAACAGAGAGUGAUAGAAGCAGAGCAAAGAGCUGAGGAUGCAGAGAAACAGGUCAGAGUUAUGGAAGAGAAGAUAAAACUAGCCAACAUGAAAACUGGUGAAUCUGGCAGCACCCUGCACAGGAAAUACCAGGAGUUGAUGUGCACAGUGCAAGGAAAGGAGGAUCUGAUCAACAAAUUGGAGACACAGCUAGCAAAACAGAAACAGCUGAGGACUGAGGAAGCCAAAAUUGUUCAAGAGAAAGCUGCCAAGAUUAAAGAGUGGGUAACGUUUAAGCUCAGGGAGCUUGAGCUAGAAAAUUACCACCUGAAAAACUGUAAUCAAAGACUGAUGGAGCAAAUUGAAGCUCUUCAGGAUACAUUGCAAGACAUGACCAGCAUUCCUCCCUUUGAAUCUCUUUGGAGCUGUGAUUCCCUGAAGCCCCGAGCAUCACAGGCCUCUUUUGCUGAGAAGACAGACCCGAAAUCUGUGCUCCUUUCACCUGGUUUCAGAGAGAUGUGUCACACAGGACGUUCCAAACACGUCCUCUCUUCAGCAAACAUAGUCCUUGCCAGUGACACCUUUACUGAAAAUGGAGAGGAUAAAUCUCUGCUUUCCCAGAGCAUGCUGAAGCUCAUGUCUGACCCAUCAAGCUGGAAUCUCUCCACAGAGAAAAAUGUAUUUCCAACCAUAAGUUCUGAACACAGUUUAGGGUGCUCUGGUCCCUUAUCACUGGACCCUCCACCUGAGACCACAAAAAUUCUUGAGGCUUUGACCUUCCAAUCAUCUUUGGAAGGAAACUGUAGUGCUGUGAGUGCCUUGCAGCAAGUGGGUUUGGAUGGUACCUGCUUCUCUGAUGAUCUGAGUGCCAGAUUCAAUUCCCACCGGCUGGAAUCUUCUUCCUCAGGAGAAAUAAUGAGCCUGCUGGAGAGCCGUCUCCAAACUGCUGAGCCACCUCUGGUUGUGUCAACAUCAGCUCUUACAGCACAUUCCUUCUUUCCAGGGAGGGAAUGCAGCCUUGGGAGUAGCAUGACCUUUCCAAAAAUACGAACAUCCAAUACACCAAGAGACAGUAUCCAACUAGCCAAGAGACAUCACAGCCAGCCACAGUCAGGGGCUAAUUCUUUCCAUCAUGUAAUGCACUUAGAGACUAGCACUUUCCAGCCCAUAACAGACCCUCCAGUCGGCUGUGGGCACGUGGAGGAGACAGACAUUGAUGAUGAUGGAGUAAUGAUGAUGGAGACAGAAUGUGGCCUGCUGAGGGGAGAAGCUGGAACGUGUGAGGGAAUGUACCACUUACCUGCAGAGCAAAGAAAAGCUGUGAGUUCUGAGGCUGGCACACUUGACCCGGGAUGUAAACCUCCCACACCACCGCUGCACCGAUUCCCAUCAUGGGAGAGCCGAAUCUAUGCUGUGGCCAAGUCUGGCAUGAGGCUGUCUGAAGUGGCCAUGGUGAACGAGACUUCCAGCUGCUUUUCCAAUUUCUCGUGUUCAACUUCUGGGCCGUUUACCUAUCUCAUCUACAGAAAUGUCACAGUGCCAGUCUACUCUACGCUGAAGGGGAAAGCCACACAGAUCAGCAAUGUGCCCUUCUUAGAUGAGUCUUCAGGCUCUGAUGAUGACUGUGGCUCCCAUGCCAGCUUCAGGACAUCUACUGCUGGAUCUGAGAACAGGAAAGCUAGCAUGCCAGGCAGCCCUCGUGCCGUGAAGAGAGGUGUAUCUGUGUCCUCACUAAGCUCUGAGAGUGACUAUGCCAUCCCUCCUGAUGCCUACUCCUUGGAUGGUGACUAUUCAGAGCCAGAGCAUAAGCUGCAGCGAACAUCUUCCUAUUCCACUGAUGGUGGAAUCUGCACUGAACCCAUGGAGAAAUCAGGCUACUUGCUGAAAAUGGGCAGCCAGGUAAAGACGUGGAAAAGACGAUGGUUUGUUCUCAGAAACAGACAAAUCACAUACUACAAGUCCCCGAGUGAUGUUAUCCGCAAACCCCAAGGGCAGCUGGAGCUGAAUUCUUCAUGCCAAAUUGUCAGGGGUGAAGGGUCCCAAACAUUCCAGCUUGUGACAGAAAAGAGAACUUACUUCCUGACAGCAGACUCUCCCAACAUCCUGGAGGAAUGGAUUCAUGUCCUCCAGAGUAUCCUGAGAGUACAAGCAAGCGGUCCUGUUGGUGUUCCUCACAGCGAUGCUAAACCUACUGUGAAAGGCUGGCUCACCAAGGUCAAGCAUGGUCACUCUAAGCUGGUGUGGUGUGCACUGAUUGGAAAAACUUUCUACUACUAUCGAAAUCAUGAAGAUAAGUGUCCUUUAGGGCAUCUGCCCCUGCGUGAGUCCAAGGUGGAAGAAGUAGACCGUUCCUGUGACUCUGAUGAAGAUUAUGAAGCCACUGGUGGAGGACUUCUCUCAUCCCACUGCACAUUGGUGAUUCACCCACAGGACCAGAGUCCCACCUAUUUACUUAUCCGCACCAAACAGGAGAAGAACACCUGGCUGUACCAUCUGACUGUUGCAGCUGGUAGCAGUAAUGCCACAGUGGGCACGUCAUACGAACAGCUCAUUGGAAAACUAUUGGAUGCAGAGGGAGACCCUAAUUCUCCUCUGUGGAAGCAUCCUAUGUUGUGCUACAGUAAAGAUGGGUUACACACAUCUCUCACUACUCUGCCAUCAGAGGCUCUACAGACUGAAGCCCUGAAACUUUUUAAGUCCUGUCAGCUGUUCAUCAACGUUCCCGUGGAGGCAUCCUCUAUUGAUUACCAUGUGUCACUUGCCCAGACAGCACUGCAGGUGUGCUUGACACAUACCGAGCUGCAGAAUGAAAUUUACUGUCAGCUUGUUAAACAGACCAGCUGCCGACAACCCCAGAACCACUCAGUCAUUCAGUGCUGGCAGCUCCUGGCUUUGUGUGCUCCUCUGUUCCUGCCUCAGCAUCACUUCCUCUGGUACAUCAAGCAGCACUUGCAGCGACAUGCAGACCCCAGGAGUGAGACAGGCAAGUAUGCCAUCUACUGCCAGAGAUCAGUAGAGCGCACCGUGCAGGCUGGGGAGCGGGAAGCCAAGCCCUCCCGGAUGGAGAUCGUGUCCAUCCUGCUGAGAAAUCCCUACCACCACUCCCUCCCCUUCAGCAUCCCAGUGCACUUCAUGAAUGGAACGUACCAGGUUGUAGGUUUUGAUGGUUCCUCAACAGUUGAUGAAUUCAUCCAGAGACUGAACCAGGAAACAGGAAUGAGGAAACCAUCCCAUAUGGGAUUUUCUCUGUUCACAGAUGAUCCUUCUGGCAGGAAUUUGGAACAUUGUUUGCCCGGCAAUAUGAAGAUCUGUGAUGUAAUUUCUAAAUGGGAACAAGCCUUAAAAGAAUUGCAUCCUGGGAAAUAUGAAGGUGGCACAAGAAUUGUAAAGUUGACCUAUAAGAACAGACUGUACUUUCGGAGCCAAGCCAAAGGUGAGACAGACCGUGAGCGGUUGCUCCUGGCCUUCCAAGUGAGCAAUGAAAUAGCCAAUGGAAGAUUUCCUGUUAAUAAGGAAUUAGCUCUGGAAAUGGUGGCUCUAAUGGCUCAAGUAGAAUAUGGGGAUUUGGACCGACCAGGAUCUUCAAGUCCUGGGGGAGCAUCACAAAUGAAAAUGCAGCAUCUUCUGCACCAGGUUUUAGAUAAAUUCUACCCCAAACACUACAAGCAAAAUAUUACUCCUGAACAGCUCAGGCAACUGACAGACAGGCUGGCGACAAAGUGGAUGGUGCUGCAGGGAUGCUCUCCACCAGAAUGCAUUCGAAUUUAUUUGACAGUGGCCCGGAAAUGGCCUCUCUUUGGAACCAAAAUAUUUGCUGCUAAGCCUAUUUUGCCUUCCUCGUUGGAAGACUGUCCAGUCUGGAUAGCUGUGAAUGAAGAUGGUAUCAGCAUACUGGAUUAUAACACAAUGCAUUUGAAGGUCUCUUAUUCAUACUCCUCUGUGCUGACCUUUGGAGGCUGUCGAGAUGACUUCAUGAUUGUAGUCAGUCAAAUGAAAGAAAGAAGUUCUGGAAAAAAUAGCACUGAAAAACUCCUCUUCACAAUGGCAGUUCCAAAGAUCGUUGAAGCAACACUUCUGAUUGCCAGCUACAUUAACUACCGUUCAACUCCUUCACUGCUGUCUUCCACACAGCCCUCAAGAAGCAAAACACCUGCUAAGAAGCCCUGGGAGACUGAAAAUCGGUGCUUUCUUCCUUCUGUGCCCCGAAGCACAAAGGGGCCCACCCUGCUCUAAGGGCUUGUUCCAUAUGAACUGAUUUGGUUGGUUAUAUACACCACAGAUUAAUGCAGGCUCUGAUUCUUUUUCCAUAAUAAUAGACAAAGUUCCUUAGAGGUAGAGGCAGUGGACUUUCUCGUAAAAAAAAAAAAAAACCCAAAUAAACCCCACAAAAAACCCCAAACCAAAAAAACUUGAUUUGGGCUACUGUGCAGGAGUUUCCUUUCCAUGACAUUCCAUCCGAAAUACAAUCCUCAGGUCCAUUUGCCUGCACAGUGCUCCAGUCAUUACAUCUGCACUCAUUCUUCCAUCUCCUACUGUACUGCUUUGCUUUACAAGUACAUACAUUGUCUUUGACCCUCCCAUUUUCAGCUUUCAAAAGACAGGAACUUUUGUGUCCUUGCUCAGACAUAAAAGAAAGACAUUGCUGAGAAGGAAAAGGAAUUAAACUCACAAGAAUAAUUCUGAUGCAAGUCAAGGGUGAUUUCAGACCUGAAAUAGGGAGUAUAGAAUUAGAGUUCAGCAGUACUUAAGAGUAUUUUCAACUUUAAAUAAAGAUGGAAGCCUAGGGUCUUUGCAUGUUGAGUACUGAGAACAACUGGGUGUGGAACAGUGUCAGAGGAUGCCCUGGCACCUACAGGACUGAUGCAUUUCGGAAACUGACACUGUUCUAUGCAACAGAUGAACGUUAGAUUGCUGCUGCAGGGCAGGGCUCAGUGUGUCACAUGCUCCACUGUCAGACAAGCACUUUCUAAGACUUUCUGAUGGCCACUGCUGUAGAUGUGUUUGGAACUGCACAUUGUCUCAGACAAAGGAAGACAAGACAAGCAAAUUUUGUACUUUUUCUAUCUUUCAGCAACUAGGACAGAUCUUCCCAGACAAGCUCUGCCAUUCUGACUUGACAGGAGCUGCUUCUUUCAAACUCCUGCUUCCUUCAUGUACCCUAAGCAAGGAGGAGGUAGUCAGCAACUGUGUACUCAUGCUCUUCUGACUUUGCUAAAGAAUGGUGGUAGGUUUGAUUUUUUUGAUUUGUUUCAAAGGGACUUCAUUAUGAGGUUAUUGAAUUUUAAACAAAUACAAGAAAAAUAGCAAUUCUUCAUAAAAAAUAUCUAAAUCUACUUAGCUUAAGUUCAGCUAUUUUGAUAAGCAUUCUAAAAAAGCUAAGGA